CUCCACCCGGAAGCGGAACUAUUGCCUAAGGAGUGCGGCUCCCCCCGGUCAUGUGACAGAGAGGCUCGGCUGGCCAGAGCGGGCUGGCCCGGUUCGGUUGGACAUGGGCUGUUGCUACAGCGGGGAGACUGACACCGGCAAAGGGGAUCAGGGAGAGAGGGAACAUCUGCUGCCCCAGAGCCAAUCUCUUCCCAACAAGGCACCAAAUGAAUCCGAACAGAACUCCACGAAUAACCCCUCGGCCCGGACUGAUGAACAGGCCAUGCUGUCACGCAUCUUGGCCAAGACCGCUCAGAACAUUAUCGAUGUGUCAGCGGUGGAGUCGCAGGGCAUGGAGCAGCACGAGUGCAUGGACAGAGCCCGGCAGUACAGCACGAGGCUGGCCAAACUCAGCAGCAAUUUAAUGGACUGGAAGAAAGUGCCCCCCCUCCCCUCACUGACCUCUCAGCCGCACCAAAUACUCGCCAGUGACCCUGUGCCCUUCGCAGACAUACAGCAGGUCUCUAAGAUCGCUGCUUACGCCUUCAGUGCACUUUCACAGAUCCGCGUGGAUGCUAAAGAGGAUCUGGUUGUACAGUUUGGGAUCCCGUAACCGGACGCUCUCGCCCUGUCUCUCUGACCUCACGCCGUCGGCUCCAUCUUUGUUUUCUUUAAUUUAUCGGAUUUUUUUUUAUAUAGAGAUUUCUUUCAGUAUUUCCUUGCUUAGCUGUGGAGCCGACCACCUGUUCUACCCCCUUUUCCUGCCCCCCCCAUAUUGUCCCUGAUGUUUGCACUGGCCAUGACCACUGUUUGCCAACAAGGAAACUCGCCCCCUGCUGGUGAAUAUGCAUUAUUGGGGGGGCGGGGUUUGCAUAGUGUCCCCACCCCCCGCGCUAAAGGCUAAACUAUUAUAUUGCCCGGCAAUGAAAAGCUACGAUUUCUGCUUAGAUGUAAUAAUCUCUUCUAGUGACUGAAGGAUUUUGGGGGGGGCAGACACAUUUGGGGUUUCCCUGAUCACAGAGCAGGGACCCUUAGCCUGCAGCCCUCCAGUUGUUGAGCGACAGCAUUUCCCAGCACCCUCUGACAGCAGGAGGCUUAUGGGAGCUGGUAUACUUACCCAUCCUCCACUUCAUACACCUGUUUUAUCUAUGAUAAAGCCAAGGACUGGGGAUGCUGGGAAAUGUAGUCCAACAGCUGCGACACCUGCUCUGUUCUUGUCACCAUUAUAUACAGCACAAUUAGAGGUUUCCCUAUAGUAACAAGCAGGGCACUUCAGUUUCUGUUUCCUUUUAACCCCGACGUGGUCCCAGUUGCCCAGAUGGUAGUUAGGGGCUGGCAGGAUCAUGUGACAAGGGGCGGCUCCCAGCCAAUGGCAGAGGUUGUUACUGUUUAUCUGGAGAGCCUGCAGUUUGUGCCCGAUGCCUGUAGGUGGCACCAUUCCCCGGGUGCCUUGGGCAUGAUCACACAAGGGUUAAUACUAACGGCUCAUGUUGGGGGGCAUCUGAGGUGAGAAAUGGGGCGCCCUGGCCCCUCCCACAAGGAGAAUGAUUUGCAUUAAACAAAUUCUAUUUUGUUUCUUUUUAUAUCAAUUGUGGGAAAUCUCUGUAACAUUAAACUUCUUACUUGUC